UUAGCUAGGGAGUGCCAGACUAGCUCAUCUCAAUCCCGUCACCUCUAAUCCCCCCACUCAGUCCCAGCUCACGAGCUGCUCUGUGCUGGGGCCAAAUCCACACAUUAUUCAGUCCUCCCCUGGACAUAAAGUAGCUUUCUGUCCCCUCUCGUCCCCCUCUGCACUCCCAUCUCCAUGGCCUCUUCUCUUGCUAUGCCAAUCCCCACCAGCACAGUGUCAUUUACUGGUCCCGUCGCUGUCAUUGUUCUCGGGCAGAGAGGUAGCCCAAAAAUGUGCCCCUCCUCUGGAUAAACCUUUAGAGAUCUGUCGGCUCGGGCAGCUAAUCAGUCCCAUUCCACGGGGGGCGUCCCAACACUUGUCCAGCUUUGUGUUUGUCCAGACCAAGUGUUCAGCCUCUCCUUUUGAGUGAAAAGUCCACAUACUCCAAAAUAGAGAUCCAGAGGGUGUUGUUCAAGGUGGAAUCAGAAACCAAUGAAUGAUGGCCCGGUGGUAUAAUCUCACUACCGGCUUUGCUCAUGAUUUGUGAUUUUGGGCUCUACAAAUAACAUUGACUUGACUUAUAAUACUUGUUAGUUGCCACUCUAAUUGUUUUAUCAUAAUGAAACAUGGAGGGGAAACCAACUCAAAAUCAGGCUACUUGUCCUUUUGUCUCUCUUUUUAGUCUGAAUUAUUUCAUUUGCUAUAUAAAUGCUUUAGCUUUAUUUCAAUCAUCAUAAACAUACAGGUACAUAGAUGACGUUUGACCUCUUUUAGGAGUUCUACCCACUGAGCUAAAGCCAGUCUUAGAACACAUCAUAAUAUGUCAUAUUAAUGCAAGUUUUAUCAGCAUAGACGGAAGAGAAAAGCAUAACAUUUACAUGUAAAUAUUUAUGUUAUGAUAAAGUAAGGAGUCCACAUGCAGUUUAAAGUUUAACCAGAAGAAGAAAACAAGCUCAAGACGUUUAUUUAACUUCUUACUGCAAAAUGCAUUUGUAUCCGUUUCUUGAUUUGAAUAACUUUGCCCUUGUAGUUCACAUUUGACCUAUUUUUCUUGCACGUCCACAGGCCUGGUACAGUGAUACAUGGUAUUUGACUCUUUUGUCUGUGUAUGUCUUUUUUUUCAGUGCACAGUGCAGGUGAAGCUGGAGUUGGGCCACAGAGCCCAGCUAAGGAAGAAGGUGACAUCGGAAGGCUUCACCCACGACUGGAUGGUGUUUGUCCGAGGGCCGGAGACUGGCGACAUCCAGCACUUUGUAGAGAAGGUUGUCUUCCGCCUGCACGAGAGCUUCCCCAAACCCAAGAGAGUAUGCAAGGAGCCUCCGUACAAAGUGGAGGAGUCGGGCUACGCAGGCUUCCUCAUGCCUAUUGAGGUUUACUUCAAGAACAAGGAGGAGCCAAAAAAGGUGUGUUUCAACUACGACUUAUUCCUCAACUUGGAGGGCAACCCACCAGUCAACCACCUGCGCUGUGAGAAGCUCACCUUUAACAACCCCACCAAAGAAUUCAGGAGAAAGCUGAUCAAAGCUGGCGGGGUAUUGGUGGUUCCAGAGGGGGCUGAAGCCGUGUCGAGGCCCAGUCCAGACUACCCGAUGCUCCCCACAAUCCCCCUCUCUGCCUUCUCAGACCCCAAGAAGACCAAGACCCCUCAUGUGUCAAAGGAACCCAGCAAAGAGGGAAGUGGUGGCAGCAGCAAAGGACCCAAACCGCACAAACUGACCAAGGAGCACCGUGAACGGCCCCGAAAAGACUCUGAGAGCAAAGCCACAUCGAAAGGAGACAACGACAGAGACGGAAGCAGCAAGAGUGGACGCGAUCCUUCCUCUUCCUCUUCUUCAAAAAAGCCGUCGGAGAUCAAAGUGAAAGAUGAAGUUAAGGUCCUACCCAAGGCUGCCUUCAAGGAGCCUAAACUCACCCUGAAGGAGUCAAAGAUGGAGGGCAUGUCCCCGAAAGGAGGGGGGGCUGGGAGUGGAGGGGGUGGAGGGGGUGGUGGGGGGGCUGGGGGUGGAGUGGGUGGUGGUGUUGUGGCAGGUGUGGCAGGCGUGGGAGCACCUGCAGAACCUAAAGUCCCAGGGAAACGACCCUCUACUGUCGAGUCUCCCAAACCAAGCGCUAAGAAGCAGAAGAAGGGCAGCUCAGAGGGGCCCAAGGGGCCGAGUGGCGGGGCCUUCACAGGGACUUCUCCUCGUGUCUCCUCCUCGUCUGCAGCCAGCCAACCGUACGCAGAGAAGAAGCCUCCUAAGGAAAAAGGUCGCUGGGCCAAAGGCAAAAAUGACACGCAAGAGCCAAAGGAGCCCAAGAAAGUUCCAGAGUCGGAAGAAUCGAAUUCAGAGGAUGAAGCGUCGUCCAAGUCAGAGCAGUCCGCCCCUUCCAGUCCUUCCAACUCCAGUUCUAGCUCUGACUCCAGUUCAGAUUCUGACUUUGAGCCGGAUCAGAAACAAGGGCAAGGCCCCCUUCGAUCGAUGGUGGAGGAGAUCCAGUCAGAGGAGUCGGAUGAUGACGACAGCAGCUCGGAGGAGGAGACGCCCAUCAAGACUAACCCCCCCAACCGCGACUCUCGACUCAGCCUGGACAGCGAGAGUGACAGCAGUGACGGCUCGCACAGUCUCAGUCGAGACCCCGCCCCGCCUCCGCAGAAACACAGCUCCUCCAAUAACAAAGUUUCAGGCAGAAAGAGUCCAGAUUCCUCGUUUCGCUCAGAGAAGGUGUUGAAGAAGGGAUACGACAAGGUAGGAAGGGCGUACACAGAAGAACUGGUGGACCUCCAUCGCAGACUGAUGGCUUUAAGGGAGCGUAACGUCCUACAGCAGAUUGUGAACCUGAUUGAGGAGACGGGCCACUUCAACGUGACCAACACCACCUUUGACUUUGACCUCUUUUCACUGGACGAGUCCACCGUCCGCAAACUACAGAGCUACCUGGAGGCGACGGCCACGUGACAGGAAGUGGACACCGGCGCGGGGAGCCCGGCCUGUGGAUUGCGUCGGCGGAGGUAGACUCGCCACCGUGUCUCCCCCCCCCCUUUUUUUUAAGUAGGGGACGAGAAGCCACAUCGUGUCGCAGCUGUUUCACAGGCCUGACUGAACCAUUGAACAACUACCACACAAACAGAAUCACACGAACAAACACAAGCACACAUGAAGACACACCGCCUUCACG